ACACCCAAGUCAGCAAUGUCCGGCAGGCCGCCCAGCUACGGUGAAGCGAAGAGGAUGCCGGCGGCUGGGGGACGCGUGUACGAGCAGUAUGUGCCUGACGAUGCAUCUAGAGUCGUGCGAAGAGCAUGCGAGCAUUCUGAGUGCCCCGUGUGCUACGAGGAGAUGUGGAAGGCAGCGUCAGGGGUGUUCGUCAACCCCUCCGGCAAGAGGACCUGUCCGCACUUCUUUCACCUCAGCUGCGCAAGGCAAGUCGGCGAGCAGUCUCGAGGAGGGAAGCACUGUCCUCUCUGUAGGGCUCAGUUCCAGUCGGUUGUCGAGGUCCCGGCAGUUGACCGCGACCCCGACGCCUGGUUUAGCCUCGUUGAUCUCAAUGGCGACCAAUCCUUGUCUAAGGCAGAAAUAAGAGCCGUCCUCCUUGCCCAGCUCAGGGUUGACCCCGUUAUGCUGGAUGAGCAGCUCGGCUCCUACUUCCGUCAGUGGGACUUUGACAGGAAUCAGCUGAUUACCAAAGACGAAUUCUUGAACCCGUCUCAAGGUCUCCUCGCCUUUGUGAGGGAGAAUGUUCGAAGGCAGAAGGAGGAGGCGAUACCGGACAUCCGAAGGGAUAAGCUCGCAUGGUUCGAGUACUUCGACGAGGACAAGACGAGCUCGCUGGAGUUCGAAGAAGUCGUUCGAGGUCUCAGCAAAACAUUCGGCAUGGGGUCCAACGUAGAGAAGAUCCAAAACCUUCGUGAGAACCUGAGGGUGAUUUGGGGAGUCUUCGACAACGAUGGCAACUCAAGCAUUGACAAGAUCGAGUUCCUCCGACCCUCCGACGGCCUGGCCGAUACGGUCGUGGCGACUUUGACGCACUCCUGAAUGUCCUCCUGGCUGGCAUGCGCUUGAAGGACGAGAAUAUGAACGAGGAGCAAAGACAUCUUUCUGUCAAAAAAGGUUUUGACGUUUGACAUGUGACUUUGUAGAUAUCCAUGGCUUGCUCUCGUCCAAAUCUGUCAAGAUCGCCACACGAUAAUCUUCUUGAACUAGAUAAUGGUCCAUGUAUUCCUCAGAGACUGAGAUGUUCUCAUGAGUAUGAUACCGAGAUGUGGCAAGGACAUGCCUACAAGUUACAGAUCCUGAGGAUUUUAGAUCUCCACGAGCACUCAGCGAGGCAAUUUCACAGAAUCUUUAUCAAACACUGAUGUCUGC